UUUUGUUCUUUUUUUCCCAAGAUCUCGACCACUGGCGAUCAAUCGGAUCUACAACUCCCAGAAAACCACCGGCGCUGUUGCUGCCACCUAGCCAACGCUUUUCUUAUCGCUGCCUUACCACCUUGCCUUACCUUACCUUACCUUAUCGAUACGCUAGGUCGCUUUACCCCAAGUACUUCAAUCCUCCCAAAGUACCUUACAGGGGUCUUGAUCAGCAUCAGCAUCAUCAUCAUCAUCAUCAUCAUCACGAAUCGUUGGCGCCGCACUCCCCCCCUCCCCCUCCCCCGCAAAUCCCACAGCUGCCAUGGCUCGCGAUAUUUCACUCCGAGGUUGAUCACCUCUUGCCCCGACCCUCCGAGAUAUUCAAUCAUUUCACCAUCUCAACCAGCCUCUGAUUCGGAGAGAAAGACGAUCGUUACAGGGUCCAGCACCCCGCCACGAACAGCGAACAGAAAACGAAAACAACAACAUACACUUGCUCAGUCGAACCACCUGCCAGCCUUGUCGCCACAACCCACCUCCCACCUGCGCGCCCCGCGUCGCAAACCACCUUCAUCUAUCUCGUUGGCGACAAACAGCAGCAGCAUGAUAUUUUUGAGAUUUUUGCGAUAAGCUACCUACCACUCUCAGCACCCAGUCAUGACGUCGAUACUGUGUCUGGCCCACUACUGUGAUCUUCACGGGCCCACGCCCCUGAUGGUCACCGAGGGGCUGCCAGUCCCCUGCAACGUAUGCUAUGACGAUGAGCUGCAUGACCGUCCCGGGUCAGGCCGCGACCGGCCGCGCUCCAGCGUUCCGAUGCCGGGAGGAGAGUCAACGCAAGCCACCACCGCUGUCACGGAGGCGCUUCGACGAAUGAACUUUGCAGACGCCCGGCGGAGCUCGUCACUUCCAGCAACCGAACAAGAGGCUCAAACCCACAGGGCCGCCCUACGACGUGCCGCGCAGGUAGCAGCAUCAUCUUCAUCUGGCGGUCUCGGCGGUUCGGCGGUGGAAACACCACCACAGAGCCCACAGCUACCACCAGAAGGAGCACCACCCAACUCAAAACAGCAACAGCAACAGCAGCAGCAGCAGCAGUCCAAACCACGGCAAGACUCGUCCUUCCGCAAGACAUAUGAUGAUUAUGUGACCCGCCGAGCCGGGCCGUGCGACAACUGCGCCUUGACUCUACCAAAACUUCAACCCGGAAGCGGCGGCGUCGGGGCGGACUCCCGACCCGAACGCGGUCCUACUUUGCGUUCCAAGGCGCCUUGCGCAAGAGUGUACAACACCACCUCACCACCAACUUCACAGUCUUCUUCUUCUACCGCAUCCGAGGAUGAGUCCUCCAACCCAACACUCCGACCAACCCACCGCCGCACGCCCACCGCAGCGUCGGUCGCCUCCCGCUCGAGCGAAAGCAGCUCGGUGGCUAACAUGAACUCACACACUCACUACCUAGAGUACAUCUCCACCCACGAGCCCCUGGCCCCCUCAUCCUUUUCCAUCGUCCGGGCUUCUUGUCUGCGGACAUUGUCGCUAGAAACUCUACCUAGAGCGCCACAAACCUCACCUACCAACCCGUCAGCCAUGUCCACCCCUUGCGCCUCACCCAUCACACCCGCCUUUGUGACCACCCACAGCGUAGGCAACGCCGUAUCAGGCGGCCCCAUCUUCUUUGGCGACCCGGCAGCGGGUUACACCACGGCCUACAUUUUCCGCAUCCCAGAUGUGCACGCCCGCGGCCAUAAGCGGGUGUACGCCUUUUUAGCCUUGUCGACCCAACGCGAACGCCUCGCCAUGAAAACUUUUGGGUAUGUCGCCUCAGCCUUUAGGGACAUGGCAACCUGGAUCCAAGCCCUCGCCGAAGCGGAAGCCGAACGCGCCCUUGCCGAAUCGAUGGGCGGUAGCAACGCCUCGAGUCCGAUAAUGCCUGGCCCGGGGUAUGGGAGUUUUGCCAUGGGCGAACCACCACCACAGCAGCAGCAGCAACAGGGUAAUAAUAAUGAGAGGAGUAGUUUCUUAACGGGGGGCAUGGGGGGUUUGUCGAGACGUAUGGGCAGUGGGUUUGCGGGGGCGGGGGGAGGGGUGGCGUUGAAGCAGAGGGGGUUGGCGGAGCUGGUGGGGAUGCCGGACUUUUUUCUGGAGCUGCAUACUAAGUUUGUGAAGCUGCUGUUGGAACUGGGGGUUGCGAUGGGGACUUAG